AAAUUUCCAUCUGGCAACACUGAUCGGAAGUAAAGCUUUCAUAACCUAACUUUUAAGACAUUUGAAAAUGAAAAUAUUUUGAUUUAAAUUUUACAGAUAUAUACAAUUAUGGACUUAGAUUAUUCCACUAAAGCACAGUUAGAAAUCAGGCUGUAUCAAAAAGUAAAAAAUAUGAAGGAUUUAAAACGCAAAUUAACAAAAGGCCAAUUAAAGUGUUGUAUAAUAAAACCUUCUCUCAUAUACGACCCGUUUCAAGUAGUUGUUGCUGCCAAUAAGGCUCUUACGGCAGAGAAACUUACAACAAAAACCAUUUUCACCGAAAUCUUAUUCAAUCUGUCUAUCUCGAAACAUAUCACUAAAAGCUUGCAAACGUUUAGUGUCGGUGAUGAUGAUGAAAAUUUGUUGGUCGUGACUCUUGCUGAUGGUGAUGAUGGUGAAGAUGAAAGUAUUUAUAAUGCAAUCGAUGGCGAAGAAGUUGAAUUGUCAAAUUUGAGAAGCUUUAGUGAUAUGAAUGAAAUUAAGAAAGUGUACAAAAUUAGUGAAAAAGAAACUCUAAAUGUUCCCUUUGUCGAUUCUAUUGUUAGUAGAAUAGCUACUAAAGAUUUCUUGUCUCAUUAAAAAACUUGCUCCGAUUCCUUAUUUCA